AUGUUUGUGGCGACAGUGAACAUUUCAGUGUGUAAACUUUGGGUGAUUCUGUGUCUCCCGCCUCAGAUUGAUGUCCCUCAGGAGACAAAGCCACGUGUGGUGCGUCCAGCUGGACGCCUGUGCACCGAGCUCCACCGCCACCUCACCACCACACGGAACGCUGAGGAGACUACGGCCCCUGACACUGAUGAAGACGAGGAGGAGGAGGAUGAGGACAGUGAGUCGGAGGACGAUGAGGACGAGGAGGAGGGGGAGUCUUCCAGUAGUGAAAUGGAAGGUGGUGUGGUCAUGUCCACAGCCCUCCCUGAGCCAGCCAAGCCUCAGUUCAGCUCAGAAAAAGAACUGCAGUCAGUGGUGGAGCUGAUCAGGUACAUGCACACCUACUGCCUCCCCACACGGAAGCAGCAAGGCUGGGAGCGCCGAGACCGGGACAUUCUGGGUUUGGCUCGCAGCAGGACCCACGAGUCCUCUCGCCCGGCCACAACAAACUCUCAUGGCAGAGUCGUGUUGGUUGCUACAUCCAGCACUAGUGGAACCUUCAGUGGGAUGAGCAACAGUGGCCCAAGGAGGCUUCCCUUCACCAGGAGGAGGGAGGUGAAAGCCAACUCCCUACUACGCGAGCUCCUGCAGCAGAGCAGCUCAUUUGACGUAAGCAAGCCUUACAGACUGCAUAGCCCACCAUACUCCCACUGUCCGAACUCUGCCCCAAGAGCCUCAACCCAACCUCCCAACUUCCCCAACCCUAAUCUGGAGAUUUGUAAAGACUCCUCUUCCCCUGAUCGAAAAAACUCCUCCUCUGUGGCACCACAAAACCUUGAGUUAACCACAAAGAACAGUGGCUCUUUUUCAGUUCGGCGGUCCUUACGUUUGGCGUCCUUCCCCAGUCGCUUUGCCAAGCGUCUGUGGUCGGAACAUGUGAGUGAUAGAGAAAGGAGGCACAAAGAGGAAGAGCAUGAGGGACGAGUGAGGGUCAGACUCCUCCCAAUCCAAGCAGGAGGACGAAUCACAACGGAGAAUCAACAAGAGCAGUUAACUUUAGUCGACAGCCACAGGGUGAUGGAGCCGACCAAACCGUGCUGCCACACAGAAAAAAGAGUUUGUCUCUGCCUGCCUCUGAACCCCAAGUCCACUGGAGAGUCCCAGUACGGCACCAAGCCCUUUGAGCAGACACUCAGUGUGGAUCUAUGCGGAACUGCAGGUCUCACGCCACCCACCACCCCGCCUCACAAGCCUGUGGAAGAUGAGCUCUUCAAGCCGGGAGGGGAGUGUGGAGGAGGGACAAGCGGAGGCAGCGGCAGUGAUGGCGAAGGAGGCGGCGACAAGUCCAUCAAUGCCAACGUUACCACAAAGGGUUCGUCCUGGCUCAGCCGCUCUCACCAGCGGAAGCUUCCAGAGCAGACUGAGCUCUAUGCCCAACUACAGCGUAUGGGUCAAGUCAGUGAUGGAGAAACCUGCCACAGUUUUGGCGACCACGACUACUGUGCACUGAGCCUUGGAGAGAGCCGCAAGCGCAGCACUGCCAUACUGGGUGCCAUCUUACAGGCACAAAGAGAAAGUGAAGCAGGAAGCACCCUUGUGCCUAAAGCUUCCAGUGAGGAGGGAUCAGCGGAGAAGGGCGGUGACAGGGUGGAGCCAUCAGACAUCAUCCCAGAAAAGCCACAGGAGCUCCAAACGGUGACGCCAGUCAUCUCGUCAUCGCCACCGUCAGACUGCCAGCUGGCUGAUGCAUCACCGCCAGCUUCAGAGGAAGAGGCGGAGCACUCGUCAGCCUCUCGCUCGCCAUCGCCAAUCCUGCACUUAUGUCCAGACUCUCCAGCCAGCAAGACCGAUUCCAGUGAGAACUCUGAGAUCUGUCCUGAAGAGGAGCAGAGUAACAAAGUCACGCCAGAUGAGGACGACUGCCAGGUGUUCUGCAUCCACAACCUGCCAAGCAGUGUGACCCAGAACAUGCUGAGGAAACGCUUCCAGGUUUUUGGCAAGCCAGAGGACUGCAAAGUCAUCAUCUGCAACAAGGAGCGCUGUGGAGUGAUCAAGAUCCGGCAGUCUGGCAGCCAAAGACACCAUAGAGAUCAGGAGACAGUUUCCCAGAAUGGAAUUGUGGGCUUGAGGAGGCUGAUGAGAAAACGCUACAUAGAUAUGGAUGAGGCGGGUCCAGUCCCCAUCAAGAGCAAAUACGACACACUGGACUUUGACACUCUGCUGAAGGAGGCACAGAAGUCCCUGCACCGCUGACAGAAGAGCGCCGCUGACUGGCCAGCCUUAGCAAACUGCAGCAACAGCCUCCAACAGCACAGUUCUGCCUUCAGACAGGCCUCUGCCUGCGUCUACGCAAGGUGACCUCGUGAAAUGUUUACAUUUUUACCAUUGGAAUAAAGUAAGGAGAAGCACCCCGUUGUUCUUUAGCUUCUUUCGUCAGAGAGCGAGGCUUAAAAAAUGACGAAGACGUCUCAUCUGGAGGCGGUAGGUCAACGGAGGAAAUGACUUAACAGCAGUGGUUCAACAAAUUACAAACAAUUCCGUACUCUGCUGAACAACAAUAACAACGGAGCUGCUUCCUGUCUUUGUUGGCGUUACAUCUCCCCGCGUUGGAACAGCAGAUGUGGUCACCUCUGUAGCAAAUCCUUGCUAUUCCUGUGUUGCGUUUGUUGUUGUGGUGUGUUUCUGUGUGCGUGUUGUUUGUUCGGUUUGUUUUCUUAAAAAAAAUGAAAGAUGAGAAGAACCUUUCUUGGCGGGGUCACGGGUGGUGAAGCUGCAAAUGCGGCAUUUUCCGUGAGUUGUGCAGUCAUAUAACGAGGGGAAAGAAACAAACUUUGUUUUAGCGAAAAAUUGUGGAUGUUAUAAAAUUUUUCAAUUUAUUGUGUGUGUUAUGGACAAAGAAUAUAACAGAAAAACUUUUAUGUACUUAUUUGGUGACUGAUAAAGUUUACAACUCUACAAUGAAGAA